GUACAUUCCCGUCCAGUAGGUCAUCUCCGCCCUUUGUCCCCAAGGUGUUUGAGUCCCGCGACCAUGGUCUUUGUACGAACCCUAGACUGCAAAACCCUAGCCCUCGACCUAAACAUUAAUUCCACCUCCCUCCAUGCCCUCAAGCUCGCCGUCGAGGCCGGAUCCGGCAUCCCCGUCCAUCUCCAGCGUCUCUUUCUCUCUUCCCGGCGCCUCAUCGCCGCCGCCGUCGGCGGCGGUGACGACUCCUCCACCACCCUCGCCGACCUUGCCGUCUGUCCAGACUCUACCCUGACCCUCCACAUCCCCCUCCUCGGCGGCACCCAGACCACCCCGGCCGGCCCGGCAAGGCCUGCCCGCUACGACUUCCUCAACUCCAAGCCACCUCCGAACUACGUCGCCGGGCUUGGCCGUGGCGCCACCGGAUUCACCACCCGGUCCGAUAUCGGUCCGGCCCGCGCCGCCCCGGACCUCCCCGACCGCUCCGCCACCACCAUCGGCGGUGCCGCCGCCCCCGGCAUCGGCCGCGGCCGAGGCAAGGGACCUGGUGGCGAGGAGGAGGAGGAGGAGGAGGAGGCCGACGACAAGGGAUACGAUGAGAACCAGAAGUUUGAUGAGUUCGAGGGGAACGAUGUUGGGCUCUUUGCUUCCGCCGAGUAUGAUGAGGACGACAAGGAGGCGGAUGCUGUGUGGGAAAGCAUCGAUAAGAGGAUGGAUUCGAGAAGGAAGGAUCGGAGGGAGGCGAGGCUGAAGCAGGAGAUCGAGAAGUACCGUGCUUCAAACCCUAAGAUCACGGAGCAGUUUGCCGACCUCAAGAGGAAGCUAGCUGAUCUGACCCCAGACCAGUGGGAAAGCAUCCCUGAGAUUGGGGAUUACUCGCUCAGGAACAAGAAGAAGCGGUUCGAGAGCUUCGUGCCGGUGCCGGACACCCUCCUGGAGAAGGCAAGGCAGGAGCAGGAGCACGUCACUGCCUUGGACCCCAAGAGCCGAGCAGUUGGGGGGACGGAGACUCCGUGGUCACAGACUCCGGUGACUGAUCUCACAGCCGUUGGAGAAGGAAGGGGCACAGUGCUUUCUUUGAAGCUGGAUCGCUUGUCUGACUCUGUUUCAGGACUUACUGUCGUCGAUCCAAAGGGUUACCUGACUGAUCUCAAGAGUAUGAAGAUCACGAGUGAUGCUGAGAUUUCUGAUAUCAAGAAGGCGAGACUGUUGCUUAAGUCGGUGACCCAGACAAACCCCAAGCACCCGCCGGGAUGGAUUGCAGCUGCCAGGCUGGAGGAGGUUGCGGGGAAGAUCCAGGCAGCAAGGCAGUUGAUUCAGAAGGGGUGUGAAGAAUGCCCCAAGAACGAGGAUGUCUGGUUGGAAGCUUGUAGGUUGGCAAGCCCGGAUGAAGCGAAGGCAGUGAUUGCAAAAGGUGUGAAGGCUAUUCCGAACUCAGUGAAGCUAUGGUUGCAGGCUGCGAAAUUGGAGCAGAAUGAUGUGAACCGCAGCAGAGUGUUGAGGAAAGGGUUGGAGUACAUCCCUGAUUCUGUGAGGUUGUGGAAGGCUGUUGUGGAGUUGGCAAACGAGGAGGAUGCAAGAGUUUUGCUCCAUAGGGCUGUGGAGUGCUGUCCGCUUCAUGUUGAGAUGUGGCUUGCACUCGCAAGGCUGGAAACCUAUGAGCAGGCGAAGAAGGUGCUCAACAAGGCAAGGGAGAAGCUUUCGAAGGAGCCUGCAAUUUGGAUCACUGCUGCAAAGCUUGAGGAAGCUAAUGGUAAUAUUGCAUCAGUUGGGAAGGUAAUCGAGAGAGGUAUAAGGUCUUUGCAGAGAGAAGGUGUGGAGAUUGACAGAGAAGCUUGGAUGAAGGAAGCAGAAGCUGCUGAACGAGCUGGGUCCAUUGCAACUUGUCAGGCUAUCAUUCAUCAUACAAUUGGCGUUGGGGUGGAGGAAGAAGAUAGGAAGAGGACAUGGGUUGCGGAUGCUGAGGAGUGCAAGAAGCGUGGUUCAAUUGAGACAGCUCGGGCCAUCUAUGCACAUGCACUUACAGUGUUCCUAACCAAGAAGAGUAUUUGGCUUAAGGCAGCCCAGCUUGAGAAGAGCCAUGGGACUAGGGAAUCUCUCGAUGCCCUCCUAAGGAGGGCAGUCACUUAUAGGCCACAGGCUGAGGUACUAUGGCUGAUGGGUGCGAAAGAGAAGUGGCUGGCGGGGGAUGUUCCUGCAGCUCGAGCAAUUCUUCAGGAAGCAUAUGCUGCAAUUCCCAAUUCGGAGGAGAUUUGGCUUGCUGCAUUCAAGCUUGAGUUUGAGAACCAUGAGCCAGAGAGAGCAAGAAUGCUUCUAGCUAAAGCCCGAGAGAGAGGAGGAACUGAGAGGGUGUGGAUGAAGUCUGCUAUUGUCGAGAGGGAAUUAGGGAACAUGGCAGAGGAAAGGAGGCUGCUGGGGGAAGGAUUGAAGUUAUUCCCUUCAUUUUUCAAGUUGUGGCUAAUGCUUGGUCAGAUGGAGGAACGACUUGGUCAAGGAGAACAGGCAAAGGAAGCUUAUGAAAAUGGCCUGAAACACUGCCCCAAUUGCAUCCCUCUUUGGCUCUCGCUUGCUAACCUAGAGGAAAGGAUGAAUGGUCUGAGCAAAGCUCGUGCUGUUCUUACUAUGGCUAGAAAGAAGAAUCCUCAGAGCCCAGAACUUUGGCUUGCAGCUAUCCGUGCUGAAUCCAGACAUGGGAACAAGAAGGAAGCAGAUACCUUGAUGGCAAAAGCAUUGCAGGAAUGUCCAACAAGUGGAAUCUUGUGGGCUGCUUCCAUUGAGAUGGUUCCACGGCCUCAACGCAAAUCAAAAAGUGCUGAUGCUCUUAAACGGUGUGAUCAUGAUCCACAUGUUAUUGCAGCUGUGGCCAAACUCUUUUGGUAUGAUAGGAAGGUGGACAAGGCAAGGAACUGGUUCAACAGGGCAGUUACUCUUGCUCCUGACAUUGGAGACUUCUGGGCCUUGUACUACAAAUUUGAACUUCAACAUGGUACUGAGGAACAGCAAAAGGAUGUCCUGAAAAGAUGCAUUUCUGCGGAGCCAAAGCAUGGUGAGAGAUGGCAGGCAAUCUCCAAGGCUGUGGAGAAUUCCCACCUGCCAAUUGAAGCCCUUCUUAAGAAAGCAGUGGUUGCUCUGGGUAAAGAAGAGAUCUCUACCACCACUGAUGGCAUCAAGUCCUAAAUUUUGUAAUGCAGCAGAAGAAACUUCAUAAGCUCCAUCUUGAAGGGAAGAAUUCAAAACAUUUCGAGCCUCCUCUUUCCUACCCUGGAUCUUAUUCAGUCCUCUUAGGUAUCAGGGGAACCAGGCUCCUUGUGUACAUUUAAAGCUGAGAACAUCUUGCCAAAGUCAAGCUAAGUUGCCAAAGACAUCCCAUAUGGGUCUUCAGGUUGGAUUGUAUUGCUUAAGCAUCUAGGUAAUCAGGUUCACUUUUCAGUUUUUGUAUUGGAAUGUCGGUGUCUGUUGUUAAUUGUUGUAUAUGCAAUGUUUAUGAGAACAUGACAUAAUGAAACUUUUUGAAAUAUUUAAUGAUGUGUUAAGAUUGUAACUUUUAAGGAAUUGCAAUUUAACAAGUUACAUCGUUUGAUUAUUAAUCCUCUACUUGUUGGACCUCCAAAGUCUUUUAUGUACUUUCAUCUAAAUGCUUUGGUUAAAAAA